GCCCACUGCGUGCCAACGAAUCCAAGGGAUUCAACCCAGGGGAGCUGUCUUUGAGCGAUGCUCCAACGCGCAUUCCUUCACGCUCGCAGAUACAGCAUGGAAUGCUCAAACUCAGGCAUCAAACAGACAUGGAUGUUCAGGCAGGAUCAAGUCUUGCGGGGUGGCUGGCAACUGACCGAUCCCCCACCACCAUGCAAUUUGUCUCACCACAUCCUGUGUACUUCGACCAGCACAGCAGCAGACAAUCAAUAUCGAGCGCUAGAAAGGGCCAUCGGCGGUCGGGAAGGCAUGCUUCUUCGAAACAAGGACCUUCUUCCACUAAGCGUCAAUCGGCUGAGAGUGCGUUCUCGCGUCAUUCCUCGCGCUAUCAUUUUCCACUCACAUCAUCACCAUCUUCGUCGUCUCUUGUCUCUUCUGGCGACGAUUCUGAAAGCAGUGCAAAUGACCGCCAGUCGGCAAACAGUGACAUGGUACUCAAUAUUGGUUCGAGGGGGAGACACUCUUCAACGCUGUCUUUCGGAGCCCCGAAAAGUCCAGCGCACGACGGUAGUAGCAGCGCCGAGAGUAUUACGGGACCGGUAUCAGCAUCAGCAUCAUCGCCAUCAUCGGUAUCGGCAUCGGAUCGCACUCGGUUGCUGGAUAGCGGCUUGGAUCGCAGUAGCAGGCAUGCGUUCAAGAAGCAAAGAAAAAAUUACCAAUUUACGACGGCGACCUCGAUCUCCUCACUCCAGUCAAAGUCCGAGACGUCACUGAAAAGGCCCAUAUUUGGAUUAGAGGAGUCGAGCAAUCUGCCUGCGUACUCGCUGUCGCAAUCUGAUUCGGAAAGGACGGAUACGAAGGGAAAGCGGCCGGACCACUCUGGAUACAUGACAACUUCUGGAGGAUCUUCAUCUAAGAGUCAUGGACCCAGCACGACAUUCCAUCCUAAUUUAUGGAACACUGUGCCAGAUGGAGGUGCCGUUAUAGACGCAAUUGAGGUUUACAACAUCGACAUGACCUCUAUCCAGCCGCCCUUCCCUAGUUAUCUGAGCCAAGCGUCCUCCAAGGCGCAGGAUCUGAAUAGUGUUUGGUCUGGAGGGGACAACGCGUCCUCUUCGGUUACAAGCAAGCAUCCGAAAGAGAAUGACCAUGACUUACCUCCGCUCUCUGGCGACUGGCGAUUCCCUACCCAAGUGGCGACUCCAUACAGAGGUAUUGAAAUUAUCAAGACAAUUAGCGACAACGCUUUGAAAGCACCAGCGACGUCUAUGGGUGCUUCAGCUGCGGUUACUGGACCAGAACUUCAGACUGGAUCCGUCAGCAACUUUGUUCCCUCGCUUCCCAGGCUUGCCUCCACAGAAGUAAUACCUGCAACGCUUGAAAGAUCCAGAUCCUCUCGAUCGGCUCGAAGCAUUCCUACAGUGGAAAUCCCUAGGGAUGAGUCGCACAUAUCAACCCAUAUCGAGCGUGAUACAUCUGGAACCUCUCGAAUGCCGAUUCCUUGUUCAGACGCGAUCUCAAGCACAACUUCCCGUUCGAGCAAUAUCGAUAUUGCAACGGGAUCAGGACACUCCAGUUCAUGUGUUCGCUCCUCUUCAUCGAGAUCUUUCGAAACAACCCAUCCGCAUCCGAAUUCAAGUACGCUGACGACCAGCUUCCAAACAUCCUCUCAUGCCGCGCCUCAUUCAACCAUGGCCAUCAUCAACCAUCUCUCGACUACUAGCCUGAACUAUCAUACCCCCAUCAAUACCGAUAGCGCAGUUGGUGGUACUAACACCAUAAGCGUCGGUAUGGACUAUACCUCCGAUUCAGAAUUCACAGUCGAGCCUCCAUAGUUUGCACACUUUGGUAUCAUUAUGGAGGGACCAGUCCCGUAUUCAAUCCAAUUGAAAAAUAUACAAAAUUGGGUAUAUCUCAGCACUUUUGUUCCCACAUACACCUCUCUCGAGCCCAUCCUUUCCUCUAUCUCCACUAUGCCCAAAAGAAAACGUUCUAGUC